AUGUCACCGAUGGGAGAGUUCUUCAGUCUGCUGGACUAUGGUCGUGCCCUGCGCCGAUCUGAAGGGCCGGUGUACCACUUCUACUGGAGCGAGGAUGGCCAAACACUGUCAUGGGACGGCCAGAAUUAUCUAACGAUAACCCACUUCCGGAGUCUCGCACAUGAGGCGCUCAGACAAGCUUCAGCCCAUUGUAAGCGCUUGAUGUAUGACUGGGAUCCUAGCGAUGUGGACCUUGCGAACGUUUGGGAUCGACUGCCGAACACAACCAAUGGCUACUCUUUCGUGUCCGAUCCAGUCAACGGAUUAGAAGAUGCUUAUUUGGAGCUCUUCAUGAGGGCUUGCGUCUCUCCUAUAGAUGGUUUGCUCCGAAAGCAAGGCAGGGAUCAAAGUUCAUGGGAUAUAAGAGCAGCACGAGCAUACCUGAGCGCGCAUGACGAUUUACUGCGAUGCUUCAUGCUACUGACGCUGGAGUGCUGUAAUACAGCCUCAAGGCUGAGGGGUAUUUGCAACUAUGGAGCGAGACUAUGUGCCGUCACAAGAAGUCACAAAGCCCGUUUAACCACAAACAACGAGUUCCAGGUAGCUCGGUUCUUCUCCCCAGUUGUUUCCAAGCUGGUGUAUCGAUUUCUAGUCUACAUUCGGCCUACCGCUGUUGCAACCCUGCGCAAGUGUUUUCACUACAAUCCUAGCGCGGUGCUACUCUUCACUCCUCUUCAUAGACAGGCGACCUGGACGACGAAAGCAUUUACGGAUGAGAUACACCGUUUGAGCAAAUCAGUACCAGGAAUAGCAUUCCAGAUGGGAGCACGACUAUACCGACAGAUAUCUAUAACCACCACAAAACGGCAUGUGAGUCGGGCUACGGCACCCUUCAAUCGCUUCAAUGAUAUCUCCAGUUCAAGCUAUAUAGGCCAGGAUAUAACAUUUGCAUGGCAAAGCGGCCAUAGGCCUUUGCAGAGACAGACCACUUAUGGUCUUAACGGUACAUUCCCGGACCAGCUACAGCCAGCAUUGUUGAAUAUCUAUGCCGGAUUCUCGGCUAAGUGGCAUGCUUUCUGCUCAUUUGCAAAAGAAAAGCACAUCCAGAACGGUUCCGCAGGAUGA